AUAGGGUUUUCGUGGUAAGCGGUAUUCAGAGGGGGUUUACCAUUGCCUCCCUCUGAGGCUAAGAGGCAGUGACUGGCUCAAGGUCACCCAGUGAGCUUCAUGGUUGUGUGGGGAUUCGAACCCUGCUCUCCCAGGUCGUAGUUCAGCACCUUAACCAGUCCACCACACUGUAAGGAUUGCACUUUCUUCACACGAAAGGAAAUCCUUCGGUUGCAUGGCCGCUACCAUGAACUGGCACCAAAUAUGGUACCCAUGGACUAUACAAGGAAUCCAGAUGUUAAACUACCUAUGCAGCUCAUAGUAAACAUGCCAGAACUAAAGGAGAACCCCUUCAGGGAGAGGAUUGUCCACUCUUUUGCUGAGGACGACGAGGGGAACCUCAGCUUUAACGACUUUGUUGACAUGUUCUCCGUACUCAGCGAAACGGCUCCUCGAGAGCUAAAAGCAAUCUAUGCCUUUAAGAUCUAUGAUUUUAACACGGACAACUUUAUUUGCAAAUCUGAUCUGGAACAAACCCUCAACAAGUUGACAAAAGAAGAGCUCACUGAAGAAGAGGUUAGCCUGGUUUGCGAAAAAGUCAUUGAAGAAGCUGAUAUGGAUGGUGAUGGGAAGCUUGGAUUUUCUGAUUUUGAAAACAUGAUUUCCAAAGCACCAGAUUUUCUCAGCACCUUCCAUAUACGAAUCUGAAAAUGUUGGGCUGAACCAUUGGAAAGAAUUGGACACCUCUCCUGCCUUUCAGAAUCUCAGGCCCUGUGAGCAUACGUCCUCCUCCUCCUCUGAAUUCUGAAAGAAAGGACUCAAAGAAUCUUGGACCAUCAUGGUGAUGCUGAAGUACCACUGUUUUCCAAAACCUUUUUGGAAUUAUCCAUGGAGGUGUUUGGCUUUUUAAAACCUUCGCCGUUGGUCAGCACUGUUGCAGGUGUGAAGUUGCUGGGUUGUUGUUUUUUUAACCAGACUUGAUACUACUCAGUGUGCCUCCCUGUGAUUUUUAUAUUUGUAAAGAUUUGAUAUUAUUGUCCCUCCAAGCAAAAACAAAACUAGACGAAGAGUGAUCUAGAAGAUAUGCCGACUCUCCCAGAAGUUAACUGAUUAAAAAACAAACAAACACUGGCCUUAACAGGAGCUGUCUCCAUUGUUGCAUAGCACAGCUGAAGGUCUGUCUGGAGCAGUAACCUGACGUUGAUGGAUAUUGACUGCAAUCAUGUCUGUGCUUGCAGGGUGGAAGGUGAUGUAUAUGCUGAAUGUGCCAUUGGGCUGGCUUUAGGUGCUUAAGCAAUCAGUGUUGUGUGGAUGCUCACAUCCUUAAUGAAACUUGAAACAUUUCCCUUUUUAAAAUGUCAUGUGCAUUAGCGAACAAUUUCUUCUCCAAAGAGACUCUGAAUUGUGUCGUUCAGCAUCCAAGGAGGGUCUCGUUUAUUCUCUUAUCCUGAUUCAAUUAUUCUGACAGGUUGCAAAAAACAAAAGAUGAAGCCAAGAAUAUACCCAAGAAAAAAUAUCGAGGAAGCAUAUCACCAACAAGAAAGACAUUUUCUGCUUUUUAAAAGAAUGCCAGCUAUGCAAUCUUCCUCAUCAAAUGCAUGACAGCAACUCUCCAUUUUCACUCAUGUACUCUCUCUUCAAAGCCAGCUUCAUUAGUUUUGUUUUAAGUCCAGCUGAAAACUGGGACAUGAUGACAAUCACACAUGUACAAUAACUGUUCUCUAACAGUCUUAUAGAAGGGCUCUGAUACAUAUUUGUGGCUUCUGUAUCCAGAUUAUCCAUGAU